AUGUCAGAAUCCGAGAAAUUAUUAGCACUGUUGAACAAAAGAAUACUGUUCGAAGAUCAGUUUGCAACUGUUCGCUAUGUUGGUCCCGUUCCUCCUACCAAAGGUGACUGGCUGGGGGUUGAAUGGGAUAGUGUCUCGAGGGGAAAGCACGAUGGAGUCCACAACGGCAUACGUUACUUUACUUGUAGUAUACCCAAUAGUGGCUCUUUUAUCCGUUUCUCGUCAAAAAUCAAUACUGGAAGAAGCUUUCUAUCCGCUCUAACAGAGAAAUACAUAGGAGAUAACGAUGAUGCAUCAAAUAAAACAACAAUAAAUGAGAUUCCUUACGAUGCUCAGAAAGAUUUAGAAUCACUUUAUUGGGCUGGAAAUACAAAAAUCGAAGUAGAAGUUUUGGGCUGGGAAAAAAUUCGACGUAGGCAACGUCAUUUAGAUCGCCUCACUGAAGUGGGUUUAUCCUUUGAGCAAAUAUCUAAUGCAGGCGCACCCGGCGAAAUAGAAACAGUCUGUCCAAAUAUUGUGGAUUUAAAUUUGUCAAAGAACCUGUUUUCGGAUUUUGAUACUGUGGCCCAGAUAUGUGCACAGCUAAAGAGACUUGAAGUUUUACGAUUAAAGCAACUUGAAAUCCUAGAACCUUGCCUAAAAAACCUUCAGAAUCUUCAAGUGGGAUUUAACAACAUUAAACAUUUACGUGAUAAAUCCACCACUAAUAGUGAUAUUGAAAACGAAAAUCUCGAAAAAAUUAAAGGAUUUGACAAUUUAAAAAUUCUUAAUCUCGAAUCCAACAUUAUUGAAGAUUGGAGGGAAAUUGAGCAUCUGGCACACUUGAAAAACCUGGAAAUUCUUUAUUUAAGCGGGAAUUUGAUAAAAGAAAUCCACUACAAUGGACAGAACAAUAAAAUGAAAUUUGCCAAUUUACGAUCUCUGAAUGUGGGUGACAAUAACAUUCAGAGUUGGCGUAGUGUCGAUGAAUUGAAUAAGUUUCCUGCCUUAAAAGAACUCCGUAUCAAAAAAAAUCCCUUUAUGAAAGACAUCAAGCCAGAUGAAGCAAAUAUAAGUCUUGUUGGUCGCAUAAAGGCUUUGACUUUAUUGAAUGGAAGCAUCAUAUCUCCAGGCGACAGAGUUAACGCUGAGCGAUAUUACCUAAUAUUGAUCGUGCGAGAUUUGAAAUCUGCAAUGAAUGAAAUAGAAAAUCAACAUCCUAGAUUCAGAGAACUGUGUGAUAUUCACGGGACACCAGAUCCAGAUGAUUCGAGCCUCAGAGCAUCAAGCAGUGCCUUGAAAGAUCGUCUUCUCACAUUGACAAUCACUUCACGUUCAGCAUUGGACCAACAACCCACCAAGAAAAUUUCCAAAAAACUACUAGGAACUAUGACAAUUCGGAAUCUAAAAAAUCUGCUACAAAAAUUAUUUGGCAUACCCGCUUCCCACCAAAAGUUAUUCUACCUGGCUAAAUCUCAGGUACAAAGUGUUCCAGGCGAAAACAUGGCAUCCGCUGUUGAAAUAAAUGAUGAUCUUCGCCAAUUAUCAUAUUAUGAUAUCGUAUCUGGCGAUGAAAUUGUCAUUAUAUCUGUCUAA